AUGAGUUAACUUCUUGACUAAAAACAACAAGAGAUCAAUAAAUUGAAAGUUUAAAUCGAAAAAUAUUCAAACUAUGAUUAGUAAAAAUACCUUUUAUUUCAGAUAAUUAGAAGAACUAAAUCAGUAUAUCAUGUAGUUAAAUUACUAAUUUUAAUAACAAGAAUAGACUCACAAAGAGUAGAUUUAUUUUAUGCAAAGAGAGUUGGCAUUUGCAAAAGAUGAAAUAAAAAAUUUGCAAGUAUUCAUCUUAAUGUUUUUAUUAGAGAACAAGAGGUUAGAAUGAAUAACAAUAAAUAGCUUCACUUCUUAUGGAAUUGUCUGAAAUUAAAUAAGAAAACAAUCAUCUUAAAUUAGAAUUAUCAAAGUAAUAAUAAAAGCCAAGGACGAAUUCUAUUCAAGAAAACAGUAUAAAUGAGAUCAGAGUAUUAAUAAAUAAUUAAAUAAUAGAAACUCUCUCCACAUAUGAGAGUACAUAAUUGUAGCUUUACAAGUCCCUCUUAGAAUAUUGUGAAAGAUAAAAGAGUUCCUUCCCUUCCUGAUGUUAGUUCAAAUCGAUUAUCGAUUAACAAGACAUCAUUUCAUAAUUUAUCAUAGAAUCAAACAUAUUCCAAGAAACCUCCUCUUUAAUAAAUACAUAAUAUUAGCCCAAAUAAAUAAAUACUAUUUGUUCGUCAAUGA